CUACAGUUACAUCAACCAGAGAAACAGAGAGUGGAAUAUUGUUGAGUCUGAGAAGGCUCUUGUGGCUGAAAGUCACAGCAUGAAAAACCAACAGAUGGACCCGUUCACUCGGCGGCAGUGCAAGCCCACAAUAGUGUCCAACUCCAGAGAUCCUGCUGUUCAAGCUGCCAUCCUUGCCCAGCUAAAUGCAAAAUAUGGGUCUGGUGUAUUACCAGAUGCUCCAAAGGACAUGAGUAAGGGUCAAGGGAAGGAUAAAGAUGUGAACUCUAAAUCAGCCAGUGACCUCUCAGAAGAUCUUUUCAAAGUGCAUGACUUUGAUGUAAAGAUUGAUCUUCAGGUUCCCAGUUCAGAGUCUAAGGCACUGGCCAUCACCUCCAAGGCUCCACCAGCAAAGGAUGGUGCCCCUCGGCGGUCGUUGAACUUGGAGGACUACAAAAAGAGGCGGGGGCUUAUCUGAGCCUCCCCACUCUGCUGCUUCUGAUCCUGCAUGCUCCAUGAUGAUGUCCUACCUUUUCUUCCUCCCUUUUCAGUUCUCCCUUCUGGGUUGGAGCAGCAGUGGAGCUGGGAAGAGACUCUUUAAAACUGCCAGUCAUCUGUAACAUAAACCAUUCAACUAUUUACUGUAUAGACCUCCCUUCUUGCCCUUUCCUCCUGCCCCUUCUCCCCCCCACAAAUGUGGAUCUGUGCUAUUUGGGGUUUUCCCUGUUUCUUUUAGUUUGAGUUUUGUUUUUAUUUUGUUGAUGCAGCUCGUUGGUCCACUCUGUGUUCAGUAUUAGCCUGAGGUCUGGAUGGUCUCGGUGGUUGCAGAAUCAGCACUUGGUGAUCUCCUCUCACACACCACCACAGGCACGGGGAAUAAACGUUGGCGCAAGACCUUUGUGGCUGGAAGGUCAUCUGCACUUUCUUCCUCUUCUUCCUCCUUCAUCCUAGCUUUGGAGAAGGGAAUCUUCAAAAACUGGCUUAGGUUCAAAGUGUAAAUUUUUUUGGGAGGGUCGUGUGACUUUUUUUCAGGUGUUUUUUAUCAUUUUUAAGCUGCAGUACUAUUUGUAUCCGUCUGUCACAGUUCUUUACGGCUGUUUUGAAUUUCUACGAGCUGUACUUGAGCAUCUGAAAUUGCCAGAAAGAAACUCAUUAAAUGUGAUUCUUCUUACUAAAA